UUAAUGAAGAACAACAAUUCCCAGAAUUCUCUGUUUAAAGCUAACCGUAAACAGAUAGCGGAAACAAAAGAGAGCCACAAGCUACAAAUACACACCCUAGGCGAUCUACUCAGGGAACUAAAAUACCUUGAGCAAUACCAUUAAAAUCGACAUCUUAGGAAAAACCACGUUGACGAGUACUACAGGGCAUUUGACUGAGUUGGUCACCAUGGCACUGAAAAGAAUACAGAAGGAGCUUCACGACCUGCAGAGAGAUCCACCUGCACAGUGUUCUGCUGGGCCUGUGGGAGAGGACUUGUUCCAUUGGCAAGCAACAAUAAUGGGGCCUGGUGACAGCCCAUACCAAAGUGGGGUCUUCUUUCUCACAAUCCACUUCCCCACUGACUAUCCAUUCAAGCCUCCAAAGGUAGCUUUCACAACAAAGAUCUAUCAUCCAAACAUCAACAGUAAUGGGAGCAUCUGCCUGGACAUCCUGCGAUCCCAGUGGUCCCCGGCCCUGACUGUAUCAAAGGUUCUGUUGUCCAUAUGCUCGUUGCUUUGUGACCCAAACCCGGACGACCCGCUGGUUCCGGACAUAGCACAGAUCUACAAACUAGACAAGGAGAAAUAUAACAGGCUAGCAAGAGACUGGACCCAGAAGUAUGCAAUGUAAAGGCCCGUCUGGAGAUUUUUUUUUUUUUUUUUUAAGUCAUGAAGCACUGUACAUUCUAGAAAAACGAAAGUAAAUGUAGGUAAUAUGGAAAACAUUGUAUCAUCUGAUUCCAUGUAUUAUAGUUUGUGUAGUGUUUUGACAGGGUAGACACUACACAAAUGUACAUUAAGGGUUAUUGGGGGGACUGAUAUUGGGGUGACAAUAACUGUACAUUGUUGUUACCACAUUCCCUGGUUUGGGCUAGGUUCAACAAGACAACAUAAAGACUGCAUAAUUCCCUGUGGAUGCUUUCUAAGAAACAUGAAUGGGAUCAGCGCUGUUGCUGGGUUGAACAGAAUUUGCAUUGGAAAUUAGACCUGUGGUCAGGAAUAAAAACCUAUUGAUUGGCUGUAAAUAAUUAAUUGAAACAAAUCAAAAUUAAUAGAAUGACAGUAAAGCAAUUACCCUAUGUCCUUGCUGAAUAGAUUAUUUUUCACCUUGAUGGCAUACUUUACGUGGCACUGCCCUCAAUUCAUUUUCAGUCAUACUGACCGUGGAUUCUGGUCCCUUGUUACAUUUUAGCGCAAAUAAUUAAUGAGUUAUUAGAAUCCCUGUUGUCUUAACCAUGUUUUGUUGAACCUAGGUUUUGGCACUUUUAUUUCUUGUCUCCUGUGUAGAAGAUGAAGUAAUCAUAAUACUGUAGCCCACGGUGACUGUGCUGAAGUCAUCAGAAUACUGUAGCUAUGUUAGUCUGACCCUUUAAAUGGCAGUUCUGGCUGGCUGUCUGUCAUAGAGGGACACUUAGGAAUCAAAAAAUUUUACUGUAUUUUUGUUCAUUCUAAUGUUGAUUUUCUAUGUUGAUAUUUUUUGUUGAUUAUUUUUUUUUAAGUGUCAACAAUUCUGGAGCUACUUUUAUUGUUUUUGCAUUAAGUCAUCAGAACAUGUAAAACUAUCAUUAAAAUAUUUAUGUACA